CCUGCUGCAUCCUCCACGGUAUUUGCGUCCUGCAAUUUUUAUGCAUCUACUAUCCCUUUAUUUGAGGAUCUGAUACUACUUAUUGGAUUCUUCCCUCUUCAGUUGUGGCGCUGGAUUAUACCGUCGUAGUGGGAUCCCUUUGCGAAUCGAAUCUCGCAUUUAUUGGCGCAUCGUCGGCGUCGGAGGUAAAGGGCUCAACACCUUCCUCUGAGAAUUGAACUCGUACCUUUUUGUCUUUUCUUAUUUUGAUCUUUUCUUUUCAAAGAAUUCACCCCAGUCUGCGCCGUCACUUUUUUCGCCAUAAUUCACUGUGCGCCCACCGACCGUGUGUUUGCUCGGAAGACAAGAUUCUGGAUACUCGCGUUGAACGGGAUAAAUACGACCGCAAAGCGCGACUACCCACACUAUGAGCGCAGAUGAAGGCGCAGAGGCAUCUAAGAUGUCUGCCACGAACGGCGACCUCCAUCCCAGCACUUCCGACUAUCAUGCGCUGGCGACGCCUGGCAAACGAAAGCGCGGAUCGGCAGAGGAGAAAUCCCAAGAGGGCAGUUCCUCUACGACGGAGUUGCAAGAUAAGGAAGAGCUGCAAGAAAAUCUACAAAAUCUUGUGGAAAUUUUGAGCAAAAACGACACUGAGCUCCAACUUCUUUCCUGUCCCUUAACGUUAUCGCCCACAAAACCGCGAUCGAAACGCGCAAAAGUUUCGACCGACAAGGAGGAAAGUGCUAGCAUACAUGAACGGGUCGCGACGGGUCGCUAUACCACAGUCCAAGAGUUCUUGAGUGAUAUUGAAAAGGCGUCUUCCGCGGUUAUUGAACAGAGUAAAACUCGGGCAAGUACUGAUCAGGCCGAUGGGUCGCCACUGACGGAGACGGUCAAUCGGAUCGCGGCAUUCAAAAAAGUCUUAAACAGCCUUGUCCGUCAGGCGCAUGUGAGCCAGAACAACAUCAAGACGGAAGCGUCCGAAAGUGAUCGGCAGUCACCAGCCAAGUCGACGCCGUCGAACGCGGAAGCUCGCACGGAUAGUGCAGUCUUGACGCUCUUUGGUAACCCGUCGAAUCCAAAGCAACUCUUUUCGAGCUUGCAAAAGUCUGUCGAGGUUCCAUUAUCUUCCGACAGUCCCGAAACGGCACAAUACGUGGAGGUGCAGGCGCCGCUGCGUGAUGUCGCCUUGCCCAAUGGUAUCACCACUACCAAGGUGACGUCAACUAAUCUCGAGGCCGAAUCCAAACAGCCCAAGAGGACCUUUCGUGAAGUUUUUGCUCCCCGUUCGGGGUUGCCCCAGCUGGAGCCUCCGCGCAGAGCUCGAUCAUCAUCCCGCAGCACGUGGAUCGACACCUUCGACGCUAUGACCAACUACAAGUCGUUCCCCGGGGAGCGGAAUAAUUACUGCCUUGCACCUUUGCCCUCUGGUCAAUGGCUGCAGUACGGUGGCGUUACAUCCUCUCCUUCGUAUUGGAAUCGCAAGCAAAAACAACAAGAUGAAGGGUAUGCCGUUCCCAGACCCUAUGAGGAGUCUUCGCUGGCAAGUGAAGAAUCGCCCUCUCUGCUGCAGGGCGUAUAUUCGUCAUUUGCCCCCUCUUUUGAUAGCUCUGGGGCUGUUGUGCAGGCAGACUCUAAGGAUCUAGUGUGGUGGGGCAAGCGAGGGACAAAACGACUGGAGACCUUGCUUUCGAUUCCUUACGAGGAACAAGAGACUGAGGCAACGUCCACAGAGCAGCCUGGGAAUAUUGGCGAACUCGACGAACAGACUCUGGACGAGAUGGUCAAGUCGUUCAACCCCGAGGACUUUGCCGACAAUGUCACAUCUUCGUCAGAAGAGGAAAAGAAGGAGAACGAAGAAACAAAAGAGAUGAACGCAUUGCUACGUGAUGUUUCCGAGUUACUCGAAACACUCAGUUCGUAUCAAAAGGUUCGCAAUCUGGACGCAUCGGCUCACGGUCAAGAUACAUCAUCAGAACAGGGCGAUCCAAAUACACCAUCUGACCCAGAGAGAACCGUCUACGAGACUUUGAAAUCGAGCUUAGCCGCGCUUGUUUCGAAUUUGCCGCCGUAUGCAGUUGCUAAAUUAGAUGGCGACCAAUUGGCGGAACUGAACAUCAGCCAAAAGGUCUUGGUCGAGAACCAGGAUUACCACGGCACAAUGCAAAAGGACGACUACAGCCUCCAACAGGAGCGCCUCGCCGCACUAGCAUCGAACGUUGGCAGCACAAACCGGACCUCGACGCCGACUGCAGCGCCUGUUGGACGUCCCAGGACCAUGCAAGGAUAUAACCGUGUAGUCGCUCCUACUGCCCCAGGAUACAACACGCCACAAGCCUAUUACGGUGCCAGACAACCUUCCACGCCGGGAGGAUACGCACCAGCACCAUACGCAGGAAGCCGCGCACCGGGUACUCCAUCGCAACGGCCUGGUUACCUCCCGCAAUAUUCCCAGGCAGGAACUCCGCAGACUGCUCCACAGAUUCCGCGACAAGGAUCAAACGGAUAUCCUAUUACAGCGCAGCAAGCAGCUGCUCAAGCCUCCCCACAACCCUACACCCCUCGCGCUGCACAGCCAGGAGCCCACAACGCCCCGUACGUCUCAAGUCGAACUACAUCCCCUCAGAAGCCGGCACAGUAUAACACUCCUCAACCGCGAAUCCCAUACGUGGCUCCGCAGCAACAACAGCAGCAGCGGUAUGUACCCCAGCAGCAACAGCAAUACGCUAGUACGCCACAAUCCAGCGGCUACUCCAACUCCGCGGCUGCUGUUACAUAUGCACGAAGUGCUGCUGAGCAAGCAGCGUUGAUGGACCGCAACAAGGCACAGCUAGCUCAGCAGCAGAGCCAGCCGUCUACGACGCCGGGUGCUGCUUCUGCUUCUGGUUCGCAGGAUCGGAGUAUGACACCAGGAAGCAAACCGAAUGGAACUCCGGUACCGUCAUGAAAUAUGUAUGGAUAUGUUUAUGGGUUGGCAAUCUUUGAGAUGUGGCUUCCUUUUCUUGCCUUUCCUUUGAUGCUUGUUCUAUUAUAAUUGAUUCAAUUCCUCCGUCCUUUCCCUUACAGAAUCACAAUUAUUAGACCAGAGCAGUGCUAUGGUGCACUGCUACUAUUGUUUCACUAUUGUUCACAUUGUCAACAUUACAGGAACGGUUCAUGUCUUCUUUACCUUGUCUUCUUCUCUGUCUUAUUUUUUUAUGUACUCAGCGUUUGGCGCAAAUGAUCAAGGCUAGAUAGAUAGUUUUGGUCUGGUGGUAGAUGGGAAUAGUGUCUUAUUUUAUACAGUUGUCGAGUCAAUUUCGAUGCUUGUUUCAUUAGAUGAAGAAUUAUUGUUGCUCUGCUAUCCUUGCUUUUCUUUUCUUUUCUACAAAGUGGGUUUUAUAUCUGGCUGUAUAGGUAGUAGAGCAAACACCAUAUGAGCACAAAUAGAAUC